CAAUGACUGCGGACACAGUACAGGAGAUGACCAGAGACUGCGGACAUAGUACAGGAAAUGACCAGAGACUGCGGACACAGUACAGGAGAUGACCACAGACUGCGGACACAGUACAGGAGAUGACCAGAGACUGCGGACACAGUACAGGAGAUGACCAGAGACUGCGGACACAGAGAGAUGACCAGAGACUGCGGACACAGUACAGAACCAGAGACUGCGAACACAGUACAGGAGAUGACCAGAGACUGCAGACAGUACAGGAGAUGACCUGAGACUGCAGACAGUACAGGGGAUGACCAGAGACUGC